AGCUUUUCUUACAGCUAGGUUGAGCAAGUUUGUCUUUGGAGGUUUUCUCUAAUCACGAGAUUAUGGCCAAGUGUAUUCCACUUGCAAUUUGCUUGGCUAAGGGCAUGAGGCUUCUUUUGGCUCCACUGAUGCUAGGUAUGCUUUAUCACAUGCUUGAUUUGCUUCACUUUGAUGAGAUCCUUGGUGUUAGCUACUAUAUCAUCGAGUCGCAUGUGUGUUUGUUUUUGUUGCAAAUGUUUUCGAGGGGAAAGAUUUCGCCCAUAUCUCUUUGGACAUGUUACCACCGGGAAAGCAUUGAGGGAAAAUCCCAUGGCGAAGUGCAGUUCUACCAGUGGAACAACUCCGCUAGCUUGCUAUUAGAUAAGGAAAAGAAAGAUGCUGGCGGUGAUCACUCCAUCAUGUUACCACGCCUUACAUGGCGGGGGACAUGGAGUUUAGAAUGCUAUUGCCUAGAAAGAGUUGUGAGACAAUUCAAUUAUGAUCAAGAUAUACCUCCUACUCCUUUCUCAAAUAAAACAAACUGGAACAAGGCCAUGCAGCCCUACAUUGAUGAGGCCACCACGGCCAUGUGGAGUGGAGGGAAGACAACGGACAAUGGGUGCCCAUUUGUUUGCCCGUUCAUGGCAUGGCGAAGGAAGAAUAUGGCCAAGGCGGGGUUGCUAGUGAAGAAUUUGGGUAGGAAGCAGCUAGCAAUGUUGGAACUAAAGGUGUUGAAAAGCGUUCCUUAUUUUGGUACUUUUCUCAUGGCAUUGCAAGUGAAGUUGGUGAAGCUACUCCUCCAAAGAAAUCAAUUAUGGGCAAGAGGAAAAGUGUUGUUCAUCCACCCAAAGUCGACAGCUUUCAACGAAGGCCUUGGUCCUAUUCCCAUCCAUGGUGAUGACAAGGUUUUGUCCAAGUUUGAAAAGGCUAAAAGGGUAGAGCCUUUAGCAGUGAACAUGGAGGAAGCUCUAGCGAACCUUGAAGUUCACCAAAGAAUUAUGGAUAGCGAAAUAGUGGUCUUGUAUCCUUCACAGUUGAGUCGGGUGAAGAAGGCUAAAGGUAAGAGGGGUGUGAAGGUUUCAUAUGGUACCCCUAAAAUGGCAAAGAAGCUCGAGAUAGCCGGGACUCAGCUGAAAGCGAUGAUAUUGAAGGGCAAGGUCAAGGCUGUGGUUGGUGCUAGUGAAGAAAAGGGGAAAGUUGUCAUUGAAGAAAUCAGCUUUGACUCCAGUGAUAGCAGCAACGAUAAAUUGAGUGACAAGGACGUCUCUAAAAGCAAGGUGAAUGCUGACAAGCCAUCCAUGAGCUCAAUGAAAAAGGUUGCCAGCCUUAACGAGGUAGAGCAUAAUGAUGAGCCAUCUUCAGCUCCAACUAAGUCAGGUAAGGAUGAUGACUUUAUUGUGAGGCUACUCAAGAAUCUGGAAGAGAUGAAUGAGGAUUGAGAUGUGUCAUUAGGUCAAUUCGGCUUAGCGCCCAUAGGUGGCUCACAACCAGUGGGCAAGUUUGUAGUACUUGCAAUGUUGGAAGCAUGGGCGCACCAUCUAUUAGACAUUUUUCAAAAUCUGACAACAUGUAGCAAAGCCAAGAAAGUGGUGGUUGAAGACACCUUCUUGAUUCUUUGUGUGGCCAUGUGGCAUAUGGAGGUAAUCCUUUUUGCUGAAAUGAAUAGGGACUUUUUCU